AUGCCGUUCAAGGAGCGUUCGUUCCCCCAAAACUGGCGUCCAUUAGAUGACAUCGAAGACUGUUCAAUGCAGGCCGCGGACGGUCUCGUGAAGAUAUGUAGGAUGCUCGAACUUGAAAUUCUUGACGAAGAUGGUACCGGGAAAGAUGAAGUCGAACUUAUGAAUACCUUGAUGAAACACUACGGUCUGCCCUACCGCGAUACGGGUUCGCAUGCGUUGUACGAUUGGAAAAACUCGGAGCUCUACGACGACUACCUGAGUGAAGCAAAAAGAUCUUCCUACACUCUCGGCGAACGUAUGCCUGAAUACUGCAGACAUAUUCUUUAUGUCCUACGCUUUAUCCUCAACUGUCCGGAAGAACUCCCGUUCCGUGAUGCCUUCACUCGACAGGAAUACGAUAAUAUUUUCGCCCAUUCUUACCCAGCUCAGGCCCUCAAGAACGCCAAAUCUCCGAACGAAGACUGGCGCGAAGUCCUAGACCGGAUCUCACACGAAGCCGAAGUGAUCAUCUAUACCCUCAAAGAAGACGAACUGCUGGUCUGCCUCAACUGCUUCCGGCCGAUAAGCCGUGGCAAUUGCGCUCGGCCUUGCCUUGGGUGUGGGAACUUGGUCCACGAAGACUGCCGCAAAAAGGAUAUGCCUACGAUUAAGGCCGACUUCAUAGAUUUGCAACAUCCUAAACCUGAUUCAAAAGAAUGCGCCGUGUGUAGGGAUAAAAAGAAGUGGGAAGAGUGGACGCAGUCAGAUGGACCGCCACUGUCAGGGGACUACGACUCAGGCGAAGAGGAGAUGGACCAAGAGCCUCUUGAAUCGAAAUUAGAAAGCAUUAAAUUCAUGAAAGAUGGGAAAUACUAUAAAUAUCAUGGGGAACAGAAAUGGGUUGACAUGACUAACGACAGCGAAAAGGAAUAG